CUCGUGGAGACUUCCCUUCGCACCGGAAUCGCCGCUCCUAUCUCGGUAGGAGUGCAACCAUGUUAGCUCCGCAGCCCAAACCCUAACACCGACGGCCCCCCUGCGAUGACCCCGCGCGUGCCGCCGUACCGCCACCAACCGGCGCACCUCCUUCUCACCGACGCUGUUGCUGCCUGGCACCCCUUCCACAAGAAGCCCUGCCUCUCCGACCGCUCCACUGCCCCCCCAUCUGCUCACCACGCUGACGCAGCCGCCGCCGGCGCGGAAACCACGACCCCUCCUCCUUCUGCAGUUGGCAGCGGAGGAUCCUUCCGGUUGCUCGGGCUCCGCAAGCGCCGGCGCCGUGGAGGAAUCUCGCGGUCGGUCUCAGGUCGCAGCAGCGACCGCCGGAGAUCCGGCACGUGCUCCGACUUCCAUGUAACGUGCGGUCCAGGUGGUGGCGGCGCAACGGACUCCAGUGGCGAGAUGUGGGCAUCGGAUGUUGGGGAGUUGCGGGCGAGGGACGUUCCUAUGGCGCCGGAGUUUGCAUCGGCACCAGUUGGUCUGGCUGGAUCGGGGGCAGGUGGGACGGCCGCCGGGGUUGAGCUGGCAUCGGCUGAGUCCGGCUAUGGCAGCGAGCCUGGCUACCGUGGAGAUGUUGAGCUUGGUUACGGGGAUGAGAUAGACGAAGAGGAGGAGGACGGGAGGCAGCAGGUGUUCUUCUGGGGCGGUGAGAUCGGAGAUUGCAUCGCAGAUAUGGAUAAGAUGGUCAUUGUUGGUGAUAGUAGUUUUGGGGAGCAGAAGAGUCAUCACCGAUGCAGGCGCAAGAAGCAUGAUGUGAGGAUGUUGGAUGCUUUGAGAUGAAAAUGUUAAUGAGACCGGUAAAAAUCUGUACAUCAUUCUGUCUUGGUUUGCUUUCCGGACGCACCUCUUCCCCAGAAUCAGUUAUGGUAUAUCAGGCUCUGUACAGUUGUUUCUCAUAAUCAGUAAUACUCCCUCUAUUCCAAUGAAUAAGGCGCACACGCUUUUUACAAUCCAACUUUGACUAUAAAUUAGAUCAAUAGUAUAUAUUUUGUGACUUAAAAAGUAUACCAUUGAAAACUUCUUUUCAAUACGAAUUCAACGGUAUAAUUUUAUCACAUAUAAUCCACAUUUGGUUGGUCUAAUUUAUGGUCAAAGUUGAAUUUUGGGGCGUGCACGCCUUAUUCAUUGGAAUAGAGGGAGUAUGCCGUGUGAGAAUGAAUGGGUUACCUGCUCAUUUACGUGGCUAGAUUUUUAUUUGUAAUUAUAACAUUUUAAAAAACUGUAUUUGAAAAGUUAUUUGUGUUUUGAAAUGAUCA